AUUUAUUCUAAUAAAAACCCAUCAACAUUUACACUUUAGCCUCUACUUCAGCUGCUGGAAAUGAGUGAUGAAAAGUUAGAGGAGGAGGCUUCCACGGCCAAAGGAAAGCCCAGGCUCUCGGACUUUCAGAAAACACAUCUCAGCAAGCUGAUGGCCAAUCCAGAUAAGCCAGUGGUAAUUCCUGAAGGACCUAAACGGAAAAAACCCAAGGAGCCACCUGAGUUUGUGAGAUUUUAUAUGGGUUCAAGUGCUGGUGCUGGCAGUGAGGUGUUCCACGUUUACCGUCACCUCCGUCGGCGUGAGAACGAUCGUCAGGCCAUCAUAUCAGAGAAUGCUGACGUAGAAGAUAGAGAGAUGGAAUUUCAAGAAAAACUGUUUGCCAACAAGCUGGCUGAUGACGAGAAGACGAGCAAAAAAAGGGCAAAACGGCUCAAAAAGAAGCAAAGGAAAUUAGAAAAAAAGAAAAAACCGUCUGAAGGAGACAAUGAGGCAACGAAUAAAGAGACAGAAGACGUAGAAGCAAUGAACAAUGAGAAAAGUGUCAGCAGUGAUGAAGAAACUGAUCAACAGACACAUUUCACGAUAGGAGGGAAGUAGCCUAGCUGUCACCUGUUAUGUCUUCCUAGUUUUUUGCUCAUUAUUAUGUAAACAUGAAAAACACAAUCCUGUAUAAUACCAAAAUAAUUACCGGUAAUUGA